AAUGAAUGACAUUCUGUCCUAAAAAUGGCUGACAUGUGUCACUGAAACGUAUAUAAAUCAAGCGUUUGUUGUUUACGAAAAAUAUCGUCAGUCCUUGUAAAAAACUAUCUCUAAACAGAUCGAAAAUGGUAUCGCAAGCUCCACGAAUACCCGUAUCACAACUGCUAACAGAUGCGUCCAAUGAUGAAGAGCCGAAGAAGAAAUCCCGUGAAGAUUGGCGAAGGCAAAAGGAACUUGAGGAAGCACGAAAAAAUGGUACGUUUCCAGCUGAAGUCGACGAAGAAGGCAAGGACAUAAAUCCCCAUAUUCCGCAAUACAUUUCCAAUGCUCCGUGGUAUUAUGGAACCAAUGGCCCAACAUUAAAACAUCAACGGCCACAACAUGAAGAAAAAGAUGAAUUUUCGGCAAUUAGUGAAUGGUACAAGCGCGGUGUGGAUACAAGCAAGGUGGUGACGAAAUUUCGCAAAGGAUCUUGUGAAAACUGUGGCGCAAUGACACAUAAAAAGGUUGAUUGUAUGGAGAGGCCGAGAAAGAUUGGCGCUAAAUAUUCCGGGGCAUUGAUGGCCUACGAUGAAUUCGUUCAACCAAAAAUUGUGUCCGAUUACGAUGGGAAACGUGAUCGUUGGGCUGGCUACGAUCCGGCCGCACACAAGGAAAUCAUUGAAGAAUAUAAGAAAGUGGAAGAGGCAAAGCAGCAAAUCAAAGCGGACAAACUGAAAAACAAUCCAGACGCAGAACUUUCCGAUGAGGAUGAAGAAGAGGAUGAGGACAAAUAUGUGGACGAAGUCGACAUGCCUGGAACGAAAGUGGAUUCUAAGCAACGGAUUACAGUUCGAAAUCUACGUAUUCGUGAAGACACUGCAAAGUAUCUGCGGAAUUUGGAUCCGAAUUCAGCGUACUAUGACCCGAAAACCCGGUCGAUGAGAGACAAUCCGAAUCCGAAAGUAAAACCCGGCGAUUCGGAUUUUGCUGGUGAAAAUUUUGUUCGAUUUUCUGGUGACACGAAAAAGCAUUCGGUUGCUCAAAUAUUCGCGUGGGAAGCUUACGGUAAAGGCGUCGAUGUACAUUUACUGGCCGAACCAACAAAACUGGAAAUGCUCCAGCAUGAAUAUGAGAAAAAGAAGGAGGAGUUCAAGUCAGCAACGAAAGACACAAUUUUGGAUAAGUACGGCGGUGAAGAACAUUUAAAGGCUCCACCAAAGUCAUUACUGCUCGCUCAAACAGAGGAAUACGUUGAAUAUUCACGAAGUGGUAAGGUGUUAAAGGGACAAGAGAAGCACACAAAUCGUAGUAUCUACGAAGAGGACGUUUUCAUCAACAACCAUACGACAGUUUUCGGAUCGUUUUGGACGAACGGAAAUUGGGGAUUCAAAUGCUGCCACUCAUUCAUCAAAAACUCCUACUGCGUCGGGGAAUCCGGUAAAAAUCAAGUAAUUGAAACAGAAAGCAUCAAUCACAUCCCGAACAUUCAGAUUCAGUCUGCCGACGAGGAAAGUUCCGAUGAACAGGUCAAUUCAUCUGCUGCAAGCGAAAUGGCUUCGACAUCGUCCAAAAAGAAGAAAAACAAAAAGAAUAAAAAGAAGAAGAAGAAGUCUAAGUCUAAAGAUGUAGAUUCGUUGGAAAAAGCAUUGGACGCAGAAGAGAAACACUUGGAGAAAGUGUCAGAAUUGCUGAGUAUGGAUGAAAGAAAGCGACCAUAUAACAGUAUGUUUGAUGUUAAACAACCCACGGAACAUGAGGUGGAAGCAUAUUUGAUGAAGAGGCGAAGAGAUGAUGAUCCAAUGUUGCAAUUUAUGGAUAAAUAAACUGAAGUCGAAGA